UCAAUCAUUAAAUCUGGAUGUUUGUUCUUAUCUGGGUUUCUCUGCUCUUUGCUGUGAGAAGCAACAAUGCUAAUGCAGUUGAAACUCAAGGAAGAGAGUGCUCUCAAAAUGGAUUCUGUGUCACCCUUAGUGAAGCAAAAAUAACGGCAGAGGCUGGACUCUGUGUUGUGAUUCCAUGUUCUUUCACCACUGAUGCUGGCUUCAUUCGGGAAAAUGCAGUUUGGUACAAUUGUGAUCUUUCUAAACACAACUGUACUAAAUUAGACAUAACACCUCAAUUGAACAACACCAACGCAAAUCAGCCUGAGUCUAGAGGUCAGGGGUCACUAUUGGAGCCUGAUCUGAGUCAGAAUAACUGCAACAUCAUCAUCAAUGACGUCACCAAAUCAGCCUAUGGAUCAUACCACCUCAAGGUUGAUAGUUUUCUAAAUUAAACCUUGGAAGGACACACAUUUCCUAGAGUAACUAUCACUGUAACAUAUCCGACCCAGAAGCCCACAGUGAUGAUUCCUCCUCUGACAGAGGGACAGCAGAGCACACUGAGCUGCACCGCUCCUGGUCUCUGCUCUGGAUCUGAUCCUGAAAUCACCUGGACGUGGAGAGGAGCAGGAGAGAAGGACUCUCACAUCCCAGGAAACAUCACUGAUUUCAGGACUGAGAAUCUGACUGCUGUCACUCAGAGACACAGCUCAACCCUGACCUUUAACUCUUCAGCUGAACACCACGGCACCAAUGUCAGCUGUAAGGUCAGCUUCUCAAACAACAUCACUACAGAGGAGACUGUGACUCUGAAUGUGGCCUAUAUGAAGGAAGUUAAAAUCACUGGGAAUUCAAGUGUGAAGAAGGAGGAAACUCUGAAUCGGACAUGUAGUGUUGAAAGUUUUCCUCCAUCUCUAAUCACCUGGACUAAACUCGGCUUGAACAGAAUCUUGAACAAUGACACUGGAACAGCCACACUUGUCAUCCCUAACGUGACGCCAGAAUAUUCUGGACAGUACAUAUGCACAGCAAAACAUCAGGACAGCCCCUUGACAAAAGAAGAAAAACAUAACAGGGAUAUAUGCAACGAAACCUGUGAUCACAGGAGUGACAACUGUUAAAAUCGGUGAUGCUCUAAAUCUGACCUGAAGUGCUGAAAGUUUUCCUCCAUCUGUUAUCACAUGCAGCAAC